CGACAAGAAAGAGGUCUACCUGGGCGACGACAACUCCCUGACCCUCACCUUCAACGCGCGGAACGAGGGAGAGGGAGGGGCGUACGAGGCGGAGCUGUAUGUCAUCCCUCCCCCCGAAGCCGAUUACAGCGGGAUUGUACGCAAUAACGAGAGCCUCUCUCAGCUGACCUGCAGCUAUGAAAUGCUAAACCAGACCCGAGUUGUCAUCUGUGAUCUGGGCAACCCUAUGAAGUCUGGCACCAGCCUCUGGGGUGGCCUGCGCUUCACCGUCCCCAACCUCGACGACUCCCGGCGCGCCGUGCACUUCGACUUCCAGAUCCGCAGUAAAAAUGAAAAUAAUUCCCGCAGCGAUGUGGUAUCCUACAAGCUGGAUGUGGCAGUGCUGUCAGACGUCAUCUUGCAGGGGGUGUCUCGUCCGGACAAGGUCAUCUUUCCUCCGGCCAACUGGAAGGCCACUAAGCGACCGGUGACCGAGCAGGAUGUCGGCCCCCUGGUUCACCACGUGUACGAGCUGGUGAACCAUGGUCCUAGUCUGAUCAGCCACACCCUCCUGGAGCUGCAUUGUCCAAUGAAAAUCCAGAACCACCAGCUGAUGUACCCUGUGGAGGUCAUGACCCAGGGCCCCCUGAACUGCACCACUAACAAAACCAUCAACCCACAGCAGCUCAAG